UCACACACAUUCAGAUAGUGUACAAGUGCAAAUAUUACCAAAGCUUGACAACAAUGGAGGCAGUCUCAUCGAAGAUGGCGUGGCUCGCUCUUGCGUUCGCCGUGGCGGCUGCGGCCUCCGUCACGCCGCCGUGCGCGGCCCAGAACUCGCCGCAGGACUUCGUGAACCAGCACAACACGCCGCGCGCGAACGUGAGCGUCGGGCCGGUGUCGUGGAGCGACACGGUGGCGGCCUACGCGCAGGGCUACGCGGCGCAGCGCGCGGGCGACUGCAAGCUGGUGCACUCGGGCGGGCCGUACGGGGAGAACCUCUUCUGGGGCUCCGCCGGCUACGCCUGGGCGGCGGCGGACGCCGUAGGCUCGUGGGUGGCGGAGAAGCAGUACUACAACUACGGCACCAACACCUGCUCGGCGCCCGCGGGGAGGACGUGCGGGCACUACACGCAGGUGGUGUGGCGCACGUCCACCGCCGUCGGGUGCGCCCGCGUCGUCUGCAGCAACAACGGCGGCGUCUUCAUCAUCUGCAACUACUACACGCCGGGAAACGUGAUCGGACAGAGCCCUUACUAGCGAGCUACGCU